CAUAACUGUUGACGUAUAAAAAAUAUUUUGCUCUAGCCAAUCUGAUGUAAAAUUACUAAUAAAAUAAAAUAUAAAUACUUUAAAACGUUUCUUUUUUAACUUAAAAGCUUUUUAAUAACGUAAACAUGUCGCUGGAAUAGACAAGUUCCCAAAGUCGCAUACUUUACAAAGUAACUGAGAAUGUCUGCUUGAUUUGUUGACGUAGUUUUUCGUGAAAAUUUGUAGCUGCUCUCAAUAGCUGCGCCCAUUUGGUUUAUUUCCAAUAUUUUGGUUUUUGUACCAAUACAAUAAAUACAAAAACAUAAAUAAUAUGUAUUCCGAAUGGGUUUCACUUUCUUCACAAAUCUCGGCCGAUAGCUGUGCAGCGCAGUCUUGCAGUGUACUCAAUAAAUUCCCUGCCUCCGCAGGCCGUGAAGUAACAGUGUCAGUUGUACGUCAGUUAGCAAGUAAUUUGGGAAUUACUCAAAAUGCUGAGCCGAGCCAUUUAGUACGCGAUGAAGAGGUUAACUGGUGUAUGGAUGUAAUCUGUUUUGGUCUGUCACUACCAUUGCAAGAACAUGAGACCAUAAAAGAUUGCGUAAAUGUUUACUGCGAAUGGCUGACAGCUUUGCACCCACAGCCACGAAUAAGUGUGCCAAAGCCCAUAUGCGAGGAUGCAAACAUGUACUGCAGGAAGAUCGUCAGCCACUUUCAUAACUUGUUUGUGCCACGCCAGGGGGAAAUCUUGCCAUUUAUAUAUCAAAAUACGCUUGGUGCUGAUACCAUUAAUCGUCAAGCAGUGCUAUGCCACCGGGUCCUACGUACACUUCAGCAAACGGCACAAAUCUCACAAACAAUGGAUCGGAAAACAUGGGAAGCAUUACUGCUCUUCUUGCUGGCCAUCAAUGAAGUACUGCUAGCGCCACCCACAGUCAAAGAUGAUGUUGGCGAUCAACUAUGCGAAAGGGUGUUAUCUGUGCUCUUCGAAGUUUGGCUCUUAGCAUGCGUGCGUUGUUUUCCUUCACCUUCAUUGUGGAAAACACUGCAAGAGUCAUGUGCCAUGUGGCGUCAUCGCAUGACUUUGAUUGAUCAAUGGAAUCGCGUUAAUCUCGCUUUAACUGCACGUCUGCUGGAAUUUACAUAUGGUCCUGCCUUCCCAGAACUAAAAAUAUCUGAAGAAGAUGCACAGCUAAUACCUGCAGACAUGACUAAUGACUGUGUGGCGCAGACUUGGUAUCGUUUGUUGCGCACAAUUGGCAAUCCAACAGCAUUAUGCUCGCCUCAUGUUAUCAGCAAAUCAUCGCAUUUUAUGCAGUGGGCCCUCACGCAUGACAAAGGUGCUGAAACUUAUCAGCAUCCGUGUUUGCAGGCGCUGCCACAAAUAUUUCUGAAAGCAAUCAAAGGCAUUUCCAAUCAAGUUGACGCAUUUCUGGGCAUUUAUCGACCACCGCCGCAUCAAGCGGAAGACGCAAUCACAAAUUUACUUGAUAUUCGCCUCUCACUCAACGAGGCGACCGCCUCUUCGGUCACCGCGGGUAUUCAUAGUUUUUUCCAUCACGGCAGUAAUAGCGCACUAAACUCGAGCGGUGGCGGCGCACCUACCGUUGCCACAAACAAUGCACAACAACAACAGCACCACCAUCAUCAUCACUAUCAUCCGCACUUGCAUUUGCAUGGUGCUGGGCAAUUUCUGCGCGACAACUUCAUCAGCGGUUCGGCCAGCUCAGCACUGAACGCCAUUAUGGGUCAUCAUGGCAGUGCGUCAACACCAGCGAGUGCUGGUGCUCAUACUGGUACUGGAAGCGGCAGUGCAACGGGCAAUACCAGCGGUAGUGGCAGCCAAUCGGCUGGUGUUGUCGGUUCGAUAACAUUCGGUACGCCGUUGAAUGCCGUUACCACUACCACAUCGGCAUCAUCGUCGGCUGUAGAUGGUGCACAACAAAGCGCGCCGUUGCCAUAUUCACCCACACCACCGUUGCAACGACGUUUGGCGAAGAGCUUUAGCGUGGCACCAGCACUGGGCAACAACAACGUUAAUGUAACGCAACAAAAGGGCUUGAGCAAAGCCGCGCUUAUCGGCAUAACCGGUGCACGUUUGUCCACAACGCAAGCACCACUCACACCCACGUCUGGUCCGCCAUCCUCUAAUAGCCUAACAUCGCUGCCUUCGCUGGGCUUCGAAAAUCGCCCCCCUCUGGCUGUUGCGCGGCCCAAAUGCAACAGCAUUUUGCACUUAUUCGGCGAAUGGCUCUUCGAGGCGGCGCACAUUGGUGGCGAUGCUUGGUUUAUGAACACAAAGAAACAAGCUACCGAGGCCAGCAAACGUCCGUCGUCUAUGAUCAUGGAGAAUCGUAAGGGCAGUAUUUCGCUGUCACAACCGAAUUCGUUGAAUGAUCCGAACAGCUUGCCGCCCUCGUUGACCAUCGAUAAGUAUGAGUCGGGACGUGCGGAGGCUAUAGGCACGUUGUGUAAGAUAUUUUGCGCUAAAAAGACUGGUGAGGAAAUACUCCCCGUCUAUUUGGCGCGUUUCUAUAUGGCGUUGCAGCAGUGCUUGAAAAUAACCGAAGCUAAAGAGUGUGACGAAACAUUGGCGAGCAUUUUGUUGAACUCAUCUGAUCUAUUUCGGCUUGAUUUGAAUGGCGUGCAAGUGCUAUUGCCCGGUUUUAUAAGCGCCCUGGAGAUUGUUUUGCCAGAUAAGGAUUUGAAGAUUAAAACUCAGGCAAUGCAUUUCAACAAAACCGAGCUGCGACGCGCAUCGAUUAAUAUAUUGCUUUCAAUUCUUACCUUACCGUUGCACUUUCAAACGCUACCCAUACGCGAUUUAACGAAUGAGUCGACGGAACGCGUCAUUUCUUUCAUACAACUAAAGCCCCGCUUAAUCAAUAUACUGAUGAAUGCCUUGCAAGUCGAAACUGAUGCUCAGAACACGCACAUGCUACUUGGCGGCCUGCUGCUGACUGUGCAGGAUGCGGUCACCUUUGAGGAAACGGAAUUGGUUGGCACCGAGCAUUUGCAUGCCGCCUCACCCACGCCGUGCGAUACGAAUCUACUGAGUUCGGCUUGCUCAGAACGUUCCGCAUCGAUAGCCAGCGCGGGCAACUCAAGUUUAGGUGGUCACAGCAAUGCCACCAUUGGUGCAACGGGCGUUGUUGGUGGCGCUAGCGCGCCCUUGACAGCCGGUACGGGCGGUGCUGCUGUUGGCGGUGGUUACGCUGGACGUGAUAACGUAUCACAACACGAUUUCCCCAGCCUUACCGUAUCUGAUGAUUUCCCCAUGGAGUUGCUACAAGAAUUUGAGAGUGCUUCAGUUUAUGAUAAUGCGCACGCCUUAUUCGUACGCGCCACCUAUUUGGUCUGUCAUCGUUUGAUUUCGUCGUGGAAAACCGAUUUGAAUGUUUCAUUAGCCGCCUUGGAAUUGCUCUCCGGCUUAGCACGUCUACACAUACGCGACUCAGCCAGGAAAUUUACAACCGAAUCCUUAGUUAAAAUUGAAGAACCAAGUCAAAAUUUAACUAUAAUAUCCACAGACGCGUUAGAAUGUAAGCGAGCGGUGAAAUGGAUCUGCGAUUAUAUUUGUUAUCAGUGCUCGCGUCCGCCACCAGCGCAUAGCAAAGAUUUGCACAGCACCAUUGUGGCGGCCUUCCAAUGCACCUCGGCUUGGUUGAUGCAGCAUCCGUACUUGUUGCAGGACAAGGAUUGCCUACAAACGGUGUUGGAGGUAGUUGAGCUGGGCAUAUCGGGCACCAAGAGUGUCGGUAAAAGUGGUGACAUACCGAAAUUCAAGGACGAGAAGGAACUAAAGCCCGCCUCGAUGCGUGUGCGUGAUGCUGCCGAAAGUUUGCUUACAAUCAUACUCGAACAAGUCGGUUACUUCCCCGGUGAAUGUGGUCCGGAGUCGAUAUCAUCGUUGCUGGAUGAGGUUGCGCUGAUGAAGCACUGUAAUUCAAUGCCUGAUAGUGGCGCUGGUAGCGUUGGUGGCACGUCCAUAACAACCGAGCAGGCCAUAGCGAAGUUCAAGUAUUUCGUCACAGAGAAUUCCACGAUAUUGGCGCUUUUGGAGGAGCCGCUUGGCAACGCUGAAGAUCCACAGCCGACGGUGACACUGCUUAUACGCGGUCCCUUCGGUCGUCACGCUUGGACUAUGCAAUUGCGUCACUUGCCACGCAGCAAAUCGGGCACGAAAUAUCACGCUGUCAAUCCUGGCCGACCCAUACCGAUGAAUGACACGCCGCAGCGCAUCGAAUUCGAUCAGAAAUUCUUUCCCGACGGUGUCGAAAAGGUGACACCCUGUGUUGCCGAUUACUCCAUACCGACGCUGGAACAAAUCCGCGAGCAAUAUGGCGCCGACAACAUACGCCAGUUGGAGACUAUGAUUGAGAAUCAAAGUAUUGACGAGAAGUUGGCCUGGGCCGCAACCGAUAACAGUGCGGAUAGUCUUUCGCAUGCGCAGGAGAGUGUGCCGCCUGCGGUCUGUCACGAAUUCCAGGCAGCGCGUCUCUUUCUCUCACAUUUCGGCUUUUUAACUUUCGAGGAACGCAAUCCGAACAAUCCGUCGGAGUCGUUGGGCGCGCCGGCACAACGACCGCUCAUCGUGCUCGAUACGAAGCGUAGUCAAUUUGCGCAGGAACUGGGCAUGCUGGAUAAAUUGAGCGCGCGCACCUAUGACACCGUGCAUGUGUUCUACGUUAAAUCGGGACAGACAACGGCACAAGAGAUUAUCGGCAAUAUGAAUGAUGAGCAUGUGCGCAGCCUAGAUGCGCACUUCGGCAAUAUGCUGUUAACUUUAGGCUGGCCCGUAGACUUGGAGGAACACUCCGGCUGGACUGGUUUGGUCAGCACAUCGUGGUCGCUUAAAAGCUCCAAUCAACGCGAUGGCGACAAGCAAGCGCAUAAUCGUGGCAACGCAGCCGCAGGCAACAAUGCUGACUUGCGCUUCAAUGGCGAAUCGAAGGUGCUCUACUGGGCCGACGUUAGCUCGGAAAUCGCAUUCGUCGUACCAACCGAAUGGAAUAUGCAUUGUGAAACCGAUGGCAGCUGCCUUUCGCUCUGUUCGUCGCACUCCUCGGGCGAUAGCUUGCAAUCGGCCGCAUCGGCAGGCAAUGUGUGGGCGCGCGCCACCGAUGCGAACGCCGAAAAUGCUAAAACACAGAAAUCACGUAAUCUCUCUUUGGAACUGGACACUAAAGGCGGCGCUGGCGCAAAGGAACCAGUGCCGCCGACGCGUCGCAAAACCAAUGCUAUGAAGCCGUCAUUACAGGCGCAGCCGCCAGCCAAAAUAUUUCUAGUUUGGUUGGAGUCGUUUGAGGAUCACUUGAACUUUCCAAUCGAUGACUUGCUGGCCUACACACGCACUGGCGAGGAGACGCAAACGCUGCAAGUGCCGCGCGCUAGCGACUGUCAUGUUAUAUACCUACACGCCUUGCAGUCCGGCUUGUUGCGUGUGAAAUUACAGGGGCCUACGGGACGUAUGAGUUUCGCCACACCGCUGGUGGAUGGCAUGGUGCUGAGCCGUCGUGUGGUGGGCAAUUUGGUGCGCCAGACUGCGCACAAUAUGGCCAAGCGUCGGCGCUUGGAUAAUGACAACCACCAACCGCCUCACGUGCGCCGAAGACUCAAAGUACAGGACAUUGUACAGAAAUACAAAAUGGAUUUGAGUGAACCGGAAUUGCUGGCACAUCUCUUUAAAAGCGCCAUCUAGGCGUGUGUCGAUAUACAAUAGUAUUAACCCAACAUUCAAUGUUAGCCUUCGAUUUUUUUUCAAUCAAUUUUAAUUUAAGCUUCACCUUUACUGACCACUGACUUGAACAAUUGCAAGGUGAAGGGCUAUUUAUUAAGUGCACAUACUACCAUUAAGUAUUUAACAACAACAACAAAAUGUAUUUUGAACGAAAA